CUUUUGAUUCUGAGUGAUAUAAAUACUCUAGCUUCAAUUUUUUUUUUAUUUCCCUGCAACUUGGCUUUUUCUUCUUUCUCUUUUAUUUUCCAGCUGCUAAACAUGUCUGGUGAGUUGUGUUCGGUGAGACCUUUGUUCGGUGGCGCUAUUUCCACUGCCUUCCCUCAGAGAUUUGAGGAUGUGAGUAAUAUCCGACAAGUUCCAGAUCAUCAGGAAGUUUUUGUGGAUCCUUCAAGGGAUGAGAGUUUGAUAUUUGAGUUGUUAGAUUUCAAGACUGAGGUUGGUGACAUUGGCAGUGCUUCUUGGUUCCUUAACGAUCUUGCGAGUGAGCAAGAUGCAGAAGGAUUCCAGUUGAUUGAGCAAUCAGAGGUCAUUGAGGCGCCUGGACUUUCGUACAGAAACAUCCCUGCCGUUGCUACAACUGCUAUUGGAGAGAUGGCUAUAUCCAAAGGAAGGCAGGGAAGAGAGGCACAAAACCUAGUGAGGGUAUAUGUGGCAAAUCUUCGUCUUAAGGGAGUUGAUACAGAUGUCUUAGUGACUGCAUAUGAGCCUAUUCUGAUAAACCCUCUGAGUGAAAGUGCGGAUGCUGUGGGAUCUGGUUUAGCUGUCCCAGCUUCACAAUCUGGAAAAAUGCAAAUGUGUGAUGUCAUUAAACAAUCACUCUCGACCUUCAAAGUCAAUGACUGGAGUCUUUUCGGUUCCUCAGCUUGAGCCUAUGCAAAACGAGAAGAAGAAUCAAGCCUGCCAAUUUGAUGAGCUUGGUUUCUAGAAGUUUGCUUUGUUUAAGCCAUUUUGGUUUAAGUUAGUCUUUUAGGUUUAUAGUUGGAGCUUUAUAAAUAGAUUUUUAUAAAAACAGAGUUUGCCAUUGAUCUUAUCAAGAACCUUGUUAAAAUUUCAUACACAUCUUUAAAGGAUCACUUGCUUCUUGAA